AUGCUGCUUCCUUACGUAGGACUUACGUGGCAAGAGCCUACUAAUUGCACGCAGGAGAUUAGCCGGUAUGAGGAUCAAUGUUCAAAAAAAUAUAGAGAGGAAUGCACAAGCACACAAAGACACGGAGGUAUAGCGAAAUUUCCCCGUUUCAAAUACCUACCAACUGAGCUUCGUCUCGCAAUCUGGCGGGCGGCUUUUGCAAGCAUAGACCCGGCCGUUGGAGUCUGCACCUUCGCGCACGAUUGGUGUGAAAUCACGGUAAGCCAUCCUCGCUCCGCGCAUGGUCGAUCGCCACCAAUCGCACAUGCGUGUAAGGAGGCUAGAAGCGAAUGGUCUCGCUCCAUUAGCAUUUACGAAGGACCUGAUCGAGCUCCGGAGUAUCUAUUUGUCCCGCGGACCCUCUUUCUAGUUCCUCCGUCCGCAGUCACAGACUCGCAGCUGGAGCAUCUCAUGCUACCUAUAGAGCACAUCGCCAUCAAUGUUGCGGACAGCCCUGAUCUUUUCCCCCUUUUUGAAGCACUAGCAAGACUUCCUUCUCUACAGACCAUAAUCAUCAUUAUACCAUCAGAUACUGUCGAAGAGCACCAGGCUAUAAAUUGGCAGGAAACGAUACGGCAUGAUGAGGAAAUGCUCAGCCGAAUGAGUAAAUUGGUAGACGCGCCCGCACCAGACGGCGAGUGGCAUCAUCGCACCUACAUGGGAUGGGUGCUAUGCAAUUACUUGGAAAGUUCAAUGGCGAGGAAGUAUUAUGCCGGAGACAAAAGACCAAAGAUAAAGCUUUUGGUUGACCGAAGUGGGUCUUCCUUAGAGGCUGGAGUAAACACGGGACAGCCUUGGGCACUCUAUUUCUACUGA